AUGCAUCUCAACACCAUCAUCUUUGCCUUUGCUCUCGCUGGCACCGCUCUGGCGAGCAUAAACACCACUCGCGAAUAUCAACUUCGCACUCAGUUGAGGUCUGGUCAAGGAAACAAGAAUCAGUUCGACGGUCUCUGGCUCGUUGCUUCACACACCGGAGCAGGCAUGAACGAUGCCGUUCUCUACGCCAACAGAUCAUACGCCAUCAAGGGUUUCGAGAAUGCCACCAACAUCACACAGCCCAACGGUCAACCCUACUUCAACCAGCUUUUCGAUCUUGGAAGUGACUUUCCUUGGGAUCUCUACAUUGCAGACAUUAGCUUUUACUCUGCUUGGGAACCUGUCCGUAUCAACGCCGGUUCUGGUGCAGGAGAUUUCUUCAUGAACUCCAGCGGUCUCCAGUUCAACGAGAAUCCGACCAAUCCUGCCGAGACCAACACUUUCGGAGGAUGGCUUGUGUGUGACUGGUGGCAUGGUGUUCCUCAGCUGUUCAUGAAGUGGAGGUAA